AUGUUUUCUGAAGAUUUUUUGAAUGAUAUAGAAUCACAAUUUCAGGAUAUUAAAAAAAUGAUUGAACAAUAUUUAGAAUUAUAUAAAAAUAUGUUGGAACAAUUAAAUCAAGUACAGAAAAAGAUCAAUGAAUUGAAAUUUGUAGUAGAUUCAGUAACAGCUUUACGAACACAACAGGCAUUACAAGCAGGACCACAAGGACCACCUGGUACACCUGUACAAUUAAGACCAGUGUUUAUAGAAAACAAAACAGUAAUAAUAGAACUAAAAAGUGAUAAAAAACUAGCUGGACCAAUAGGACCACCAGGAACAAGAGUAAAAUUAAGAAAUAUAACAAAAGAUGAAUUAUAA